AUGGACUCUGGAAUGGUAGUACACAGUGGUGGAUGCCACUGCAGAAGUGUUAGAUGGCAAGUUCAAGCACCACCUAGUGUUGUAGCCUGGCAAUGCGACUGCUCUGACUGCUCCAUGAGAGGAAACACUCACUUCAUCGUCCCAUCUGAACGGUUUGAGCUUCUUGGAGAUUCCGAAAAUUUCCUUACAACUUACACUUUUGGCACUCACAUGGCAAAGCACACUUUCUGCAAGGUUUGUGGUAUCACCUCCUUCUAUAUUCCUCGGUCAAACCCUGAUGGAAUAGCAGUUACAUUCAGGUGUGUGGAUCCUGGAACACUAACCCAUGUUGAGAUCAAGCAUUUUGAUGGGAAGAAUUGGGACAAGUCGUAUGACCAAACAGGCAUCGCUUCAAGUUCAAAGGUGCAGGCAGAAGGAUGA